UUCUCUGAGCACAGCCGAGAUAUGUGAUAUUCUCCCAAGGACAUGCGCUCUUACUCCGGCUGUCUGACGUGCAAACGUAGGAAGUUGAAAUGCGACGAGUCCAAGCCAACAUGCCACAAGUGUAUGAAAGCUUCUCGGGACUGUGUUUAUGGAGAACAGUCUGUAUUCCGUAGCCAGGAGAUCGACUCAACCCCAGGCCGCAAACGAAGACGUACGAGUACUCAGCGGGAAUACCAGGCCGUGUCCAGAGAGGAGACUACCUGGGUAGACCUUCCAACCGAGCUCACCUUUGUUCAGGUGGAAGAUGCUUGGGAAAAUGAGUCCUCGAGGGUCAUAGAGACCAAUGGCACACCGGUGCUUGGAGAGGAAGCUGGGACAGGCCGGACGGUAGAUGCUGGCGAGGAAGACAAUGUUCCUGGAUCCCAUCCAACGUCCCGUCCAGCGUCACAUUAUGUGCCCGUUGCGACGCCUUCUUUCCAUCAUACACCCACUACGACCGAGCAUCAAACACCACAAGAACAUGAUUCUAUCUACCGCACCAGCCAAGCAGGGAAUGAUCCCUUCGAGAAAGUUCUUGUUUCAUAUCUCCUACGGCAUUUCAAGCAAGGUCCAGGCCAGUGGAUGGACCUUUUCGACACCACUUCAUACUUCUCUUCAAAAGUGCCUGUCGUUGCAGCAUCCAAAACCUUACUAAAAUCGGCAGUCUGCGCUCUCUCUGCAAAGCAUCUUCUACAUGUCUGUCGAGUCAUGGGCCAAACCGGGGUAAACUCCAGGUUCAUUCCCAGCUACAUCGGCCUUCCUUCCUCAAACGAAGAAACCUGGCGAUAUCACUCCGUGAGGUUCUACGAUCAAGCCCUUGGACAUCUAAAGGUUGCCGUCAAUCUGGAAUCUUAUGCCAACAAUCUCCCCGAUAAGGAGGAAAUGCUAGCGGCCGUCGCAAUCCUCUGCGCCUUUGAGCUGAUGGAUGCCCCGGGGAGUGCAUGGAGAGCUCAUCUGAGCGCGUUACCCCUCUUCGAUGACAGGUCUGCCUCUGUGUCGGGUCACUCAUCAAUCAUCAUUCCCCAGACAGCCAUCAAGGGCCCGAUUUUCUGGAGCCUGGCGAGGCAAGAUCUGUUGUGUGCCUUCAUAAGCGAGACGCCAACACGACUGGACCUGAAAGACAUGCGUCUCUGGCAGAACGCAGGUCUCGCCACGGACGAGAACGGAGAUCUUCUCCCCUACAGCCCGCUCGACGUAAUGGAAAGCCAAAUCUCCGCCGGCUUCGAAGAAGACAUGAAAAGCAACGAGCUGACGUGGAUCCUCGGCAAAAUCGCAAACCACCUCACUGCCGGCGACGCUUUGGUCCCGGCGAACAACGCACUACCGCACCAUGAACGGCCGCUGAUCGGGCUGAAUCAGGAGCAUUUGCUAGAACGUUGGAAUCUGCUGAUGAGUGAUUUGGACCGAUGGCAUGAUUCUCUUCCGUCGACGUUCUGUGCGACGGCGAGGACUAGAAAACUGGGUAGUGCUGCGUCGGGUCUUGAGCUGAGCUUUGAUACGUUCGAGCAGAUCUGGUUCGAUGUGCCGCUUUGUGCGGCUACGAUCCAAAGCUAUCAUCAGGCUAAGAUAUUGCUUUUAGCCAACGAACCGCAGGAGUCAACGGCGAUUCGAUCGACUGUCUCGGCGCGGUUGAGAUCAUAUAGACAUGCGCUUCGGGAAGUCGUUUAUCAUGCUCGGGAGGUUUGUGGUAUUAGUCUGGCCAAUUCAACGGAUUCGUUCAGGGUUGAUUCCGUACAGGCCUUGUUUGUUGCAGGGCAGGUGUUUCAGGAGCGUCGGGAGCAGGAUGCCGUCCUUGAGUUGCUGUCUGGCAUUGAGAGGGACCUUGGAUGGACUACUCGAUAUCAUGUGGCUAAGUUAAAGGAUGAGUGGAUCAGGGGGAGGGAGGGGAAUCAUGUGGAGCGUGAUAAGCAGGACCAUGAGUCUAAUUGGUUUAUAUCCUAG